UGCAACCUGGAGUCGGGUCAGUUCAUCCGCUCGCUCUGUGGAAUCAGCCGAACGAGCGGCAGUCGUGGAUCUGUUUCACUCUCACGGCUCUUUUAGCCCCGCUUUUAGUGACAAUUUCUUUUUUCUUUGAGUGCGGUUGUUGAACCCGAAGCCACCGAGCGCGUGUUGAAUCCCCGCCGACCCCGUGGAGUUUGUGUCGGGCACCGGCGGAAAAGCACCAGCGUGAGGCGGCGCCCCACGGAAAAAGUAGGCUAACCUACCGAAACAAGGUUCGAGCACACUCGCCAGCCCGCCCCCGCUCUCGCGACCCCACCCCCCCUGGGCUGGUCCGGUCCAACAAGGCGGAGCUAAAUAUGGGGUAAGCGAGCCGAGAGGCGGCAUCGCAACGAGACGAGGGCUCGCUCAGCGGCGCAGGCGCGCGACGGCAUCAUGGCGCUGCUGCGGAUGAGGCUGAAGGUUCUGGUGACUGUGAUGACGCUCAACAUCUUCGUCUUCAUCCUGGUAUCGCGGAACGCCGGGCGGGACAAGAGCUUCCAGGACAAGGUGCGGGUCCCCUCCAAGCCCUUCUGGAGCAGGAUGACUCGCAGCUCGGGCUACUGGAACCGCCAGCAGCAGGUUCUGGACUUCCGGUAUAACCCCAUCCUGGCCAAUCUCAGCGCCGGAUACUUGCCCGACUGGCUCAACGAAACCCGGGUGUCUUUUGACGCCUGCCGGCCGGACACCGGGGUGACUACUCAGGUGAAAGACUACAACUCCCUCCCCCUGCGCUUCAAGGACUUCCUGCUCUACAUGCACUGCCGCUAUUACCCGGUCCUGGUAGACCAGCCGGACAUCUGCCGGGAGUCGCCCUUCCUGCUGCUGGCCGUCAAGUCCCUGGCGCCUCAUUUCGACCGGCGCCAGGCCAUCCGCGAGUCGUGGGGCCGGGCGGGCGAGGUCGCCAACCGGACGGUGGUCACCGUCUUCCUCCUAGGCCAGACCAUGGCAGGGGACCACCACCCGGACCUGUCGGCGAUGCUGAGCUACGAGAGUGACCAGCACCGGGACAUCAUCCAGUGGGACUACCGGGACUCCUUCUUCAACCUGACCAUCAAGGAGGUUCUCUUCCUGGACUGGAUCCAGACGCGUUGCCCCGGAGCCAGCUUCAUCUUCAAGGGAGACGACGACGUCUUCGUCAACACCUACGCCAUCUUGAACUUCCUGGGUGGGCUGUCGCCGACCAAAGCCGCCGACCUCUUCGUAGGCGACGUCAUCACCAACGCGGGGCCGCACCGGGACAAGAAGGUGAAGUACUUCAUCCCCGAGAGCAUGUACAUCGGAUCGUACCCGCCGUACGCCGGCGGGGGAGGCUACCUGUACUCGGCCAGCAUCGCCGCCCGCCUGCACGCCGGCUCCCGCCGCGUGGCGCUCUACCCCAUCGACGACGUCUACACGGGAAUGUGUCUGAUGAAGAUGGGGCUGGCCCCCGAGAAGCACAGGGGCUUCAAGACGUUCAAUAUCGAGGAGAAGUACCGCACCAGCCCGUGCGCCUACAAGGGCCUGAUGCUGGUCCACCCCCGCACGCCGCAGGAGAUGAUCCAGAUCUGGUCCUGGCUCAACCUGCCAGAUCUCAACUGCCAGUAGAGAGCGCCUACCCAUCUGAACGGUUAGACCAAUUAUUUUGAGCGGGGGUGGGAGGGGCAUGACUUUUACAUGUUGGCAGCUCGUCAUUGUGACCUUCAGCCUGGAAAGGUUGGCUCCCUUGGUGGACUCCAGAGUAUUUAUAGUGGCCAUUUUACAAUAAGGGUCAUCCCUACAAAUGGUACGUUCUCAAUCAUUAACGCAGGAUUACAGGAUUACCCGUACCCUGUGACCGUUAUCCAAACGCUAACCCUGAGAGGAAAGUUCAGGGUUUGCGUUUCUCACUCCUCAAGAACAGAACUUCUGUCAGAGUCUUAAAUCAUUAAGAGUUAAAAGCCCAUUUGGGGGUCCCCUUAUCGUAAAGCGGCGCCGUUUUUUUAAAACUUGAUUUUCUCGCUUUGCUGUACAGAUCUUGAACCAAAAGUGUGUCAUAUUUAUACCGCUGUAACUAUUUAUACGCUUUAACACUGUCUCCGGUUCUCCACUGGCAUCCAAAAUGCUGUAUUAUAUCGGAAUGUGCCCGAGAAAUUUAAGCGAGAGCGCGAAAUCCACGCCGGGACUCUGAGCACCCUUUCGCGCGGGGGAGCCAGAGAUGGAAUCAAUUUAUCGACCCGUGCCUUUCGACACGCCCGCGUUUAUGAUCACACCCCGCAGACGGCGAAUUACAUUCGAGAAAUGCGUCUGGUGUUGCGUUUCAGACAACUGGCGCUAACCUCUUUGACGAAGCUGCUGUCCUGCCUCCGACGCUACCUCGGAAAACUGACAACGGUCGACUGCCCGACUCCGUUCCGCGUUCUGUCCGACAGAAGCUCCGUUUCAGCAAAAUCGACAUUUCAGGAAAAAAUUUGUUUUCGCGUCCGGUGCCUUUCUACAUAGGAAUGCAGAAUCCUGCAAAUUUGACGGUAUCGACGCCAGGGGGGGGUGUUGAACUCGAGACCCGGGUCAGGACUUUUCCACGAGUGAUUCCUGUUCUCAUCGCCGCCGUCCCGUUCCUGAUACUACCUCGGAAGCAGGAAAAUGUGUCGCGUUCUUAUUCCUUAUCCUUUCACAAAGGUGGCAAAGUUUCAGAUAAAUUAGCUUAAUUGGCUAAGUCGUUUUGCAGUUGGCGGCAAACGAGAAAAAGCAUUUUUUUUUUUAAUUAGUAUCAUUAUCCUACUCGCAUAAUUAAUUAGUUAUUUUUAACCUACUGUCAGAAUGUCAACACGUGCGCGCUACUAGUAAUGUUGUCGUUUCCAGAAACGUUCAUAACAACGACACGUUUAGCCAACGGAAUGCACGCGAGUAUGACAACUUUGGCAAACUCGGAGGACAACUGCUUGUUACCAGUGAGGCUAAGCUGCGCUAGGUUACACGAGGUUAUGAUUGUACUACGAGUGAAACGCUGGAUAACUACCGUAAUUCCCGGCCUACAGCGCGCACCUGGUUAUAAGCCUCACCCAGUACAUUUGGAAUGGAAAUACCAUUUGGUACAUACAUAAACCGCAGCUGUGUAAAAGCCGCAAGUGCCCACAUUGAAACUCAUAUUGAAAUACGAGAUAUUUACAUAGAAAGACGGUACACAGAGUUUAAAACUAGCGUCAUCGUGCUAAUGCUAACGCUAGUGCCGCUCUAACAGGGCGCUUUUAAAAGGAAAACAUCCUGCUAAAAAUCACUGCGCCCCACGGUAAUGCUAGCGCCACGCUAACUCUGACACUGCGCUAACGCAAGCGCCACACUAAUGCUAGUGCCUCGCUAACGCUAAUGCUAGAUGGCGCUAACAGGGCCGGUUAAAAGAAAAACAUACCGGUAAAAACCACUGAGACGCGGCAAUAACAUGCUAGCGCAGGGCUAACGGGGCCAGUAAAAGUCACUCCCUCGGCACAUAUACUCCACCGGUCUCACUCUUACCUUUUCCGCUCGAGUGCCCACCUGCGGCCGUGAGGAAAAAAUGCACAAAUUAGCCUCGUCACCGCAUAAAAGCAUUGGCCUCACACUUCUGAGGAUCCCGGCCCCGCCUGUGUGGAGUUUGCAUGUUCUCCGCUUGCCCACGUGGGUUUUUUGCGGGCACUCCGGUUUCCUCCCACAUCAGAAAAAGAUGAAACAUUAAUUGGAGACGCUAAGUGUGAGUGCAGUCAAUGUCUGUCUCCCCCUGCCCCGCGAUUGGCUGGCGACCAGUUCAGGGUGUAGCCCGUUGACAGCUGGGAUAGGCUCCGGCACUCCACCGCGACCCUCGUGAGGAUAAGCGACAAAAGAAAAAUGGAUGGAUGGAAGUGCCUUAUCCUUUACUUGUUGGAGACAUUAUGCUAUAAAAAGUCCAAAAUAUUAAUGUUCACUGCAUGAACAUUAACUCCCAACGUUGCUCAUGCAAAAAUGUAUGGAAAUUUUAACUUUAUGUGGGCGUGGCAGUCAGCGCUCGCGCGACAUAAAAAUGGGAAAAUUAAUUACCAACAACAUAUGCUAUCGUGUAGUUAUUUCGGAAUCAAAAUAAUUUGCUGCACGUCGUUUGUGAAUUUUGGGGUUUUCGAGCUUUGAUGUGAGCGUGUAGAUGUUGUGCAUGUUCAUUAUCAACUUCAUUUUUGAUAAAAGUCAGAAAAAAAUGUUUUCUUCAAGUGCUGCGAUAUACAUAAACGUGUCAUUUUGGUGUCGACUUAUGAAAUGUCGGGAUUUGUGCCGAUUCCCGCUAAAUCUAAGCGACUUAUCGCUGUGUUGUCGAUCGGCUUCGCUCGUCGCGUUCUUCGGUAUUAGCAAGGACGAAGGCGGGUCGUGAUUCGGACUCCCCCUGCUGGUCGGGUCCGUCAAAGGAUCUGCCGUAAGGCGCGAAGUACCAAUUCAUAGAGCUCGUGCACCUACGUCGUCACUGGCCCGGAAGUGCCGGUCCAGCAAAGCAUUCUUCGAUGCUAAGUCGGUUGGAAUACGUCUUAUCGCACGACGCCCAGAGUUUUGUCCGAUACCGUUAAAACAUUUAGAAGGUGAUAAUAAACGAAGGUAUGUGGAAAAAUGAGAGACACUUGCCAUAGAGGACCCAUAUUUAAUGCCGAAUUUGAUUUUUUUCCCCGGUAAGAAAAUUGGACCGUUAACCCGCUUCCGCUUGUCUUGGACAACUGGAUCUACACGCGGAUCUGGUGAGGAAGUCGUCGAAAUUUACGCGGAAGAGUUUGAAAGCGUAGAAAAGUCUGGACGCAUACAAAAAAAUCCCACAUAGUGAUGGAGCAACUCAAUUUUUUUUCAAUACAAAUACCAAUAUUUCAAUCAAUGACUCGCAUUCAUUAACUAUGAUUGGAAAAAUACAAGACAGCGGGUCGGCUCCUCCGUACACGGAAGCGCGUUGCGGCCACACGUUAAACUUCGGUAAAUCCUUCCGUGACAGACAUUUUUUUUUUUUUUACAUUUUGCAUUGUUCUCAAAUGAGUCCAAUGCGUGCUUAAAAUAAGAAAAUAAACCGCUGGGAUAGGCCUCCGCCCCCGUACACGGAAGCGCGUUGCGGCCACACGUUAACCUACGUAAACAUCCCUGUGACCGACGGUUUUUCUUUUUGUAAAUACGCAUUGGACUCAUUUGAGAACAAUGCGUAAAAAAAAAACAAAAAAAAAAAAAAAACAUCUGUCGGGGGAGUUUAACAGGUGACCGCAACACGCUUCCGUGUACGUUGGUGAUAACUCCCUGCCUUUUUUUUUUUUUUUUUUUAACGCAUUGUUCUCAAAUGAGCCAACUUGCCAUUAUAAAUACUUCUUGGUAAUUUGAGAUUGAUUAAAAAAAAUCUGACCGUCAAUAUGGCGCCGUGAAAAUAGCGACGUCACGCGCACGAGCUUUACAGACGUUCUCAUGUAGGACAAUCACGUUAAACGUUUCUAAACAGUAUGAAAAUGAAUCGCCGGUUUGGCUCAUUUUUGAUGACGUCGUAUCCCGCGACGACGCAUUACUUGAAUUGUUUACAAUCAAAGUCAUCGCUGCUUUUAUUUUUAUUUUUUUUCGCUCUUUUCUCGUCGGGCUUCAUUUUUUGUUGUUGUUUUUUCCUUUCGUCUUUCGACGUAAAAACACUGGUAUUAGCCAUCCGUUGCGCGAGGUUGAAGAAUGAGGGAUGUUUCAGUACGUACGUAACGACGGCUCGCGUAAAUUUCCGGAUAUUUUAAGGAGGAAUCGCACCCGACACCCGUUCACGUUUCGCGAGUCGUGUAUUUCAAUAUUUUAGAAGGAACGCUGCACUCAGGGUAAAGAAAAAUUCAUUUUUUUUGUUUUUUUUUUCAGCUAACGGUUGACACUAUACAAUAUUGCGAUAUCGACAAUUGUGUCAUUUUUAUUUAUUUUUUUUUUUAUCAAAGGCAAAAGGAACAGUAACAAUAUGAUCUGCUGUAGCUAUACUGUAAAAAAAAUAUGAACGCGAUAACGUCACGUUGUCGGUAUUUUGUCCCGCUUCCAGUUUCAAAAUUGUCGUAGACCAAAAAUCUGUGCCUGAUGAAUGUGCUUUGGAUGUGUCAAAAGGUGAAAUAUGUAAGUGCAACUGCUUUCUCUUUUUUUUUUUAUGUUAUCGUUUGAAUUCUUUCGGUAAUUGUGUAUUUUGUCGUUUUUUUUUUUUUUUUUAAAUACAGGACGCUGUUCUCUGUUUUUAUUGUGACACAAAUAAACUUAAGACACCCAGAGUGAUCCGCCCACUUUUUUUCCAUCUUUUCUAAUUUCAUACAUUCUUCAUUGAUAUAUUUAUUUACAAGUUUUUAAAUAUUAUUUCCCUGCAUGACCUUUGACUCAAGACGAUGUAAAAAAAAAAAUGCAAUUCCUCUUGAAAAAAGAAAAAUCCCUUUAAAUCACAUAAAGUACAUUGUAAUUGUGGAAUAAAAAAUAAUAGUAAUAAUAAUAAAUAAAUAAAUAAAUAUAA